GAUUUCGCACUUUCCCAUCUCCGAAUCCUGCACCGCCAUCCUUUCUGCUCUGCCUCUGCCCGCCGCGCCCCGGUGCGCGCAAGCCCUGGUAACAUCACGGCGGCCUCGACGAGGUAGACUCCCUCACCCACCCACCUGCCGGCCAUGGGCCGCACCCGCCCCCGCUUCGACACGCGCGCGUCGUCGACGCUGCACUAUCAGACAUUCCCCAUACGAGCGCCCAGCACGCGUGGCCGUCCGUUGGGGGGCUCCCAGGCCCCGCUCCCAGGCAACCAAAGCCACGGCUCCGAUUCAGACGACAGCCACCAUGGCGAGUCUCCGCUGCCGACAAGGCAGCUCGCUGUCCUAGCCGUCAUUGCUCUCGCCGAGCAGACGGCCCUCAACUCCAUCAGCCCAUACCUCCCCCAGAUGGCAAAAUCCUUCCCCGAAGUCCAGGAUGGCCAGGCCGGCUUGUACGUGGGCUUGAUCGCCUCGUCGUUUGCGCUUGCCCAGUUCGCGACAAAUUUCUUGUGGGGGUUUCUGUCAGACCGCAUCGGACGGAAGCCCGUCAUCAUCACUGGCACCUUCCUAACGCUGCUAUGCUUUGUGGCCUUUGGCUUCUGUCGCACUCUGUGGCAGGCGAUAUUGGUGCAAGUCUGUAUGGGCCUGGUCAACGGCAACGCAGGCGUCGUCUCGACCUGUCUCGGCGAGAUCACCGACCGGAGCAACCAGUCCAGAGCCUUUACCUACCUACCUGUUGUCUACGGUCUCGGCGCCAUCACAGGUCCCAUUGUGGGUGGCGUCUUGGUCAUGGAACGCCAUCCUUUCCACAAAGACCGCCCGAAUCCCUACCCCUACCUUCUCCCUAACCUCUUUGCUGCUGCCGUUCUCGCUGUCGAUCUUGUCAUCUGCAUGUUCCUGUUGGAGGAGAGUUUGGAAGAAGCAAAACACCUACCGCCAUUAGGCAAGCGAGUUGGCAACCUGUUCUCGUGGUUGUGGCAGUUCACAAGCUCGACGCGGCCUACGUAUAUCAAACGCUUCAUUCAAAAACGCAAAAAUCGACACCACAACUCUCACCUGGACGGUCUUCAGGAAGAGGAUGACGAAGAUGAAGAGGACGUGUCUGAUGUCGAGUCAACCGAUUCACCUCCAGCAUUGUUCCCCGAGUCGUCAGGCGACGUACUGACGAAGAAGGAAGUCUUGAACCGUGAUACGGUUCUCUUACUCGUCACGUACUUCAUUUUCCAGCUCGCCAACAUAUCGUAUAACUCACUUUACCCAAUCUUUGCAGAAGAGGAAGAGCCUACUGGUCGGGGUCUUAGGGUCGAGGGCGUUGGACUCUCGUUAGCCUUUGCAGGCGUGAUCACGAUACUGUUCCAGAUUGGCGUGUACGGGAAGCUUAGAGAGAGGAUAGGCAACAAAGUCACCUACCGUGUCAGCUUAGCGGCCUUUGUGAUUGCUUUCAUACUCAUGCCGUGGGUUGGAUACAAAGAUAGCAACCCUUAUUGGGGUCUCGGAACCGGCACCGGAUGGCUGUGGGCGGAGCUUGGAGUCAUACUUGUUAUUAAGACGGUAGCCAGUGUCGGAGGUUUGACUUCGGCACUUCUCCUGAUAACAAACUCUGCACCGAACCACAACGUCCUCGGUACGCUGAACGGCCUCGCCCAAACGCUUUCCGCCGCAGGCCGCGCAGCUGGUCCGUUUAUUUCGGGCUCGCUCUUCACUGCUGCGACCAAUAUCCAACCAAAAGGCGAGGCGUUGGCCUUUGGCAUCUUUGCUGGUGUAGCAUUCAUCGGUUUCCUUCUCAGCUUUGGUAUCCGCGGGAGUGGUCUCGAAGCUGACGGGUGGAGCUCGGACGACGAAGAUGAGGAUGAGGAGGAAGAUAUCGGAGACGAAGAAGAGCACGCUAACGAGCGCACCGGAUUGAUUCGCAAAUGAACCAAAGGACCUGACUGUCCAUCACUUCCCUUAGACUGCCUAUAUUGAACGUAGCGUUCCGAUUCCCCUAGCCUUAGCUCAAUGGGUCAGGACAUGUAGGAUAUCGCCGGUAUGUUUCUGUUAAUACUAUGUCAUGAAGGCUGAUAAUUACGAUGAAUGACGAUAUAGACAUUUGCUCUUCCUCUGUCCAGAUUUCAUGGCUGUGUUUGAUGACGGUGACGUUCCCAGAUUUGUUUGAUGACCGGACUUUCAGUGUUAGAGAUGGUCUUGUUGUAGCGGUGGCCUUGCUUAUCACCAUUCCGGCCCGGGCUUUUUUCCAUGCUGCACAAAAAUUGGGUUGCUGCUAGUUUAUGUAUCUAUUCUAGGAUCAGGUUUCCGCUCCGC